AUGGUGCGAUUGGUUGAAUUGAAAAUUUCCGAUUUAAAGAGAGAGCUGGAGGAAAGAGAGUGCGACACGGCUGGAAAGAAAGCAGAAUUACAGGAACGGCUUCGUCAAGCACUGAUUGAGGAAGGUGAGGACCGGGAUAUUUUCAUUUUUACCGGUGCAGGGGAUAUUGCCUUAAUGCUGCAAAACCUUUCGAGCAAGUUAGAAAACAAGCUCGUGGAAAACUGUGCCAACCUAGAAGGAAAACUCUUGGAGUUACACGAAAGUACAGCCAAAUUAGAAAAGAAGUUUUUGGAAAAUACUGCCAAUUUAAAAAAAGAAUUGGAAGAAAGAAACUUUGGAGGACAGAAUUCAAGAAGUGCAAGGCAAGUUUGCCGCUUUAGACGUCAAUACUAUCGACGAACGACAGCGUGGACUUCCGUUGGAAAAAUCAAGUGA